UUAUCAGGUGGCUGAGAAAUUCAGAAGCGUACGUUACCAAAGCUACUGGUAGCGUAGCGUACCACGAGGGGAGAGGUUGUUGGUGCCAGCGGGAGUCAGGUCUCAGGCGGCGGCGGGCGUCGCCGGCGACAUGUGCAACGGGCAGGAGUACUGCAGGCGGGAGCGCGCGUUCCGCGCGUCCCUGCACGACGACGCGAGGCCGGCGGACGCGGAGGGGCGGCGCGGCGCGCAGGUGGAAGCGGCCGCGCGCGGCAGCGAGGGCGCCGAGAGCGAGACGGCGCGCGCGCGGGAGGCCGAGCGGGAGCGGGGGCAGCGGCGGCCGCGGUGGCGGGAGGCGCAGGCCGGGACCGUGAGGACGGAGAAGCUCAUGCACCUGCUCCUCUGGGGACCCAAUUGACCGUCCCCGACUAGUCAUCAGGCGACUUGUUUUCUGGAAAGAACUCUUGUGUUUGAAAAAAAAUCUUCAGCGGCUGCUCAGAUAAUUCUAAGCUAAUCCGAUCCGACCCUGCUGCAAUCCAACCAGUGCAUUAUGACGUUGUUUACCAGGAUUUAGCUAGUUUUCCCAUCAGUUGAAUUGUGCCAUGGCCCGUAGUACCAAGUCGCAAGCAAAAACUUGUCCGGUGGGAUAUGUUGGCUCCUUUGUCCGUGUGUUUACUUGAGAGUAGUCCUGAAAGUAAACACAUACGAGUAGACCAGGAGUUGAACUGGCAUGAGGAACUGUACCCGAAGCCCUUAACUGGCAGAGAGUGAUUCUCUGUCUGCUGUUUGGAACUAGUAUGUUGGCUAGCAGUCUGUCCAUA